AUGUCGUUAUCACGGUCGUCAUCACAAUCACUAUCGACAACACCAUCACCACAAUGUAGCCGCUUCAACCUUUUCCUCGCCCGCCUCGAGCACAUGACUUUUGCGUGGUUCACAUCAUGCAUGUCACUCGGUGGUAUCGCCAACCUUCUCAUGGCGCGCAUCUUCGACUCUGACAUUGCAUUUGGCAUUGGUGCUGUCCUGUUCGCUGUCAACGUUUGCUAUCUCAUUGCACUCUUCUCCUUGCAAAUCGUCCGCUACACCAUGACGCCAGCUUCGCUGCUCUACACGCUCUCGCAUCCGAUCGAGUGCUGCUUCGUUCCUACAGCACUCUUGGCGUGCGCUACCGCCAUCAUCGGCCUAUCGAAUGUAGCCGGUAACAACUCAGGGAAAGCGUGGGAGGUGGUGCUCCGCGUGCUGUUCUGGAUCUACUUUGUAGCUUCCAUCAUCGUCAGCUUGGUUUGCUACACGUUUCUGUUCUCCAGAGCGGAACAGUCUUUGCACCACAUGAACCCGGCUUGGGUUCUUCCCAUCUUCCCUGCUAUGCUGUGCGGCACGAUCGCUUCUUCGGUGGUUCCCAUGCAGAGCCCUUCAGCAGCGCUCGCCAUAGCCGUCUGCGGUUUGACGUGUCAAGGACUUGGCUUCAUCGUUUCCAUCAUGAUGUACGCCGUCCUGCUUCUCCGUCUCAUGACGCACAGCUACCCUCCGUCUCGUGCACGACCCGGUCUGUUCAUGAACGUCGGUCCGCCCGCGUUUACCAUUAUCUGCCUACUUGGUCUCUCGUCCGAGAUGCAACGCAUCCUACCCGCUCUCUCCUCAUCCGUUUCCCUGCCAGCUAACUCGUACGAGAUUCUCUCGGUCACGGCACUCGCGGCGUCGGUGCUGCUUUGGAGCCUCAGCGCCUGGUUCUACCUCUUCACCGUAGCAUCGUUGAUCGAUGUCAUGUUGAGCAAGAAGAAGAGAGGCGAGAUGGAGUUCAUCUUGGCUUGGUGGGCGUGCGUUUUCCCGGUCUCGGGAUUCGUGCUGGCUACGCAAGAGUUGGGAGAAGCUUUUAACAGCACGGCGAUCAAUGUGGUUGCUCAGUGCAUGUUGGUAUGGCUGGUGAUUGUAUUUGUCAUGGUUGCAGUGAUGCAUGCACGAGCCGUGAUCAGGGGUACCAUCAUGAAGGACGGAGUGGAUGAGGAUCGAGUGAUCGAUACCAUGUACGGUCGGUUUGAACCUGCUGCCACCACGCACGACGUUGAAAAGGCACAGGAAGAGCAACAGCAACAACAACAGCGCAUCAAGCAACACUCUCCCUACUCGAACCCCCCCACCUACCCUUCCACUCCAGCCGCAUCCGUGAGCAGGCUGGACAUGAAGAAGCCCGAACACGCUCAGCGCGACAGCGACGAUGAUAUCGACGCCAUCCAGCCUCUUCCUCCCGCAUCAUCGUCAUCGGGCACGUCGACUCCUUGGUCUUCACAGCUCAAGAUGACGCCUCUCUCGGUCGUUUCAUAA